AUGGCAUACAAUCUUCAAUCGCUCAUCACCAUCCUUGAAGGAAUACUUAAUCCUCACCAAUCACUUUGGAAUGUUGAUCGCAACAAACCACAACUCCAAUCCCUACUCCAAAAGGCUGAAUCUCUGCUACAGAUUCUUGAAAAGUCUUCACUCACCAAUAUACCAAGUAAUUUGGAGAGCCAAAUCAGAGACAUUUCAUAUAAAACAGAAGAUAUUAUUGAAACAAGAAUUGUUUCUUCAAAACUUAUGCAAGACCGGAUUACUAAGUUUGAGCAAGUGGUUUCCAACCGCGUGAGCUUGGCCUUUCCCACAUCAGAUCUGCAGCAAGUAACUAAAGAUCUGGAUUUGGCAAUGGAACAAGUCUUGAAGCUCAAGGAGACGAGGAACACCAUGUUAAGUGGUGCUUCUUUCUCACAUGGUGAAGUGCAGCAAGCAGCCCAACAACUUGAAUCUAUAAACCUCGCGGAGGUGGUGGAAAAGAAGAUGCCGGCUUUGUCAAGCUCCAAGAACAAUUUGGUGGGAGUUGAUGCAGAUCUGUUGAAGUUGAAGGAUCGGCUUACAAACAUGCAGAGCAAGCUGGAGAUCAUUCCCAUUACUGGGAUGGGUGGGAUUGGUAAGUCCACUCUUGCUUUAAGUCUUUAUGACGAUCCGCUCAUCACUACUCACUUUGAUUAUCGUGGCUGGGCUGCAAUUUCACAACUUCCCAAUAUACGAGAUAUUCUAUUAAGUCUUCUUCGUCGCCAAAACGAAAAGAUUGAUGCUGAACUAAAUGAAUGUAAUGAAAAUGAGUUGAAAGAUAUAUUGUAUAAGAGGUUGUUCGGGCGCAGAUACAUGAUUGUGUUAGAUGAUAUAUGGAGUAACAAGUUAUGGGAUGAGAUAAGGAUGUAUUUUCCAGACAACAAUAACGGGAGUCGAAUUGUGAUCACCACUAGGGAAUCUAAUGUAGCCCAACACAUUGUAAACUCCAAGAGUUUGCAUCAUAACCUGCAAUUGCUUAAUAUGUCAGCAAGUUGGGAUCUACUUCGCCAAACUGUAUUUGGAGAAGAGGAUUGCCCUCUUGAAUUACAAGAGAAAGGAACUAAGAUUGCGAGUGAUUGCGGUGGGCUUCCUCUAGCCCUUCAUGUGAUUGGAGGGUUGUUGUCAAAGGUCCAAAGACCAAGAGAUGUAUGGGAACAAUUUUCAACAGAUGUGAAAGCUUCCAUUGUUGAAUCAAAUGAGCAAUUCUCCAAUGUAUUAUCCUUGAGUUAUAACCACUUACCCAUUUGCUUGAAACCAUGUUUCUUAUAUAUGGGAGUUUUUCCUGAAGAUCAUGAGAUUAAGGGAUCUAAACUUACGAGUCUAUGGAUAGCUAACGGAUUUGUGAAAUCUAAUGGUGAUAAGAGUUUGGAGGAAGAGGCUAAGGAUUACUUAAAAGUUCUCGUGGAGAGGAAUCUACUUUUGGUUACACGAAAAAAGUCUAAUGGGAAAUCAUUGACUUACUCAAUCCAUGAUCUUUUGAGGGAUUUAUGCAUAAGGAAUGCUAAAGAGGAGAAGUUUUUACACGUUAAGGAUUCGAUGCGACGUGUUUUGCUGGUGUUUGUGAGCGAGCAAGAGAUCAGAGAGAGAGAAGAUGCAAAGGCAAACUAUUUUCCUUGGGCAAAUUUUAAGAUUGAGAAUUUCAGAAUAUGUAGCAAAUUGAUCUUGAAUUCCAACACAGCUAUUAUUGCUUCUAGGGAACGAUUUGAAUCUUUCAGUGUAGAGACUGUUACUGCCUCAUUUGAUCAUGGGAUCAAUGAGAACUUCUUUUAUCAACCAAAUGAUGAUAUUAUACCAGAUUAG